AUGAGCUCACAGAGGUUACGGGGGAUUUUAAGUGUACGUCUCUCUGUUUUUCAGAGUAUCCCAGCGCUGCCCUGCGGUAAAGCCCUUUACUCGUACGAAGGAAAGGAACCAGGCGAUCUCCAAUUCUCCAAGGGUGACAUCAUCAUCCUGCGACGCAAGGUGGAUGAAAACUGGUACCAUGGCGAGCUCAACAGUUGCCAUGGUUUCUUGCCCGCUAGUUACAUCCAGUUGCUGCGUCCCCUGAGCCAAACUCCACCCCAGGGCAAAGCACUGUACGACUUUGAGGUCAAAGAUAAAGAUCAGGAUAAAGACUGUCUGGCCUUCAGCAAGGAUGAGGUACUGACAGUAAUCAGGCGAGUGGACGAGAACUGGGCAGAAGGCAUGCUGGGAGACAAGAUUGGCAUCUUCCCCAUUCUCUAUGUGGAGUUAAAUGAAACAGCGAAGCAGUUGAUGGAAAUCGACAAGCCCACGUUGACUAACGGUCCAGGUCCCAGCUCAGAGCCAGCCCCGUUGGGUCCCUGCUCUCCUGGUCCCUCCCCCAGCGCCUCGCCGUCCAACGGAAAUGGCCACCGGAGAGGCGAAGGGAAGAAGAACGCCAAGAAGAGGCAUUCGUUCUCCGCGUUGUCAGUCAACCAGAGGGCCGCGCAACUCAACAACAGACACAGCAUGGAGAUCUCCCACCCUGUCCUCAUCAGCUCUUCGGACCCCCGAGCUGCUGCACGCAUACAGGAUGCAUCUCACCCGGGUCCCUCUCCCUCCUUGGCAGGGGUACUGGUGCCCCCCAAAGUGGCAUCCAUAACCUCUGAGUUGCUGGCCCACGCUAAGGUGCAGCUGCCACUCAACAUAUAUCUGGCUUUAUACGCCUACAAGCCCCAGAAGGCAGACGAGCUUGAACUUAGGAAAGGGGAGAUGUAUCGGGUGACAGAGAAGUGCCAAGACGGGUGGUUCAAAGGCACCUCGCUGAGAACUGCUGCCUCCGGUGUCUUCCCGGGAAAUUACGUCACCCCCGUGUCCAGGGCUCCGUUUGGAGUUGGAUCUUCUCGGUCGUCUGUAUCCAGUCCAGUGGGUGGAGGAGGAGGAGGAGGAGGAGGAGGAGGAGGUAGCGGGUGCAGUAGACACUCUGCCCCUUCGUCCCCAGGCUCCCCGGGGCCCUCUUCUUCGCGUCCCUCCACCCCACUAGUAAACUCUGUUGCCAGUCCCGCCUCCUCUCCACAAACUGCCGCCGCCCAGCUGAAGAACUGCCUGCGCUCCAGCCAGCACACAGCCAACCAGGCCCGCACCUCAAUGCAGCUGGUCCACAGUCCACCAGCUGGCAGCCCGGAGCGUCCCACAGUGGCUCUCUCCCCGCUGCGUCCUCAGAGCUCCUCCCCCUCGCGCUGCCCUGGCCAAUCGGGUCGUCCUCACUCCAUGGUGUCUCCGGGACCCUGCCUAGGGCCCUCCCCUCUCUCUUCGCCCGCCUCGAGGCCCCUCCUCCCGCUCUCCUCCCCUCUGUCCUGCCUCACGCCUCCCAACGUGUCAGCGGUGCUCCUCAACGGCGACCCAGCCAAUCCCCUCCAGCCGCCAUCGCCGGGCCCCUCCCACGCACCCAAAGCAGAGAAG